AUGGCGAUGAGGAGGGUAUACAGUGAGAUCAAGGGGAAGAAGGUGAAGGAGAUUCCAGGGUACAUCAAAUCGACGUUUUCAGUGGAGACCAUUAAGACCUCCGUGAAGAAAAGUCUCGAUAACUACAACGACAAAUACAUCCAGACCAGCUCCGUCGAUCCUCUCCUUCACAUCUGCUUCUACGGCAUGGCCUUCUCUUACCUCGUCGCUCUCCCCAAUGAGCGUCGCCAUCUCGAGCACCAGCAGCAUGCUAAGGAGCACGGUGGCCACUGA